AUGGCUAAAAUCAAGCUUGUUGAGCACUUUCGAGUAAAGCCUCGAUGGCUUUUCGUCAAGAUCACCGAUGAAGAAGGCAGGGUUGGAUGGGGAGAGGGGACGUUGGAAGGACACAGUCUUGCUGUUGAAGGGGCUCUGAACGAGAUCAUCGUACGAAUCGUGGGUUUGGAGGCAAACAACAUCGAACACAUCUGGCAACUCAUCUGGCGCCUAGGUUUCUACCGCGGCGGCCCAGUCUUCAUGUCCGCGCUCUCCGGCAUCGACAUCGCGCUCUGGGAUCUCAAAGCUCGACGACUGAACGUCCCGCUGUACGAACUCCUCGGUGGCCUGGUUCGACAGAAAGCACAAGUUUACUGCUGGAUCGGCGGCGACAGACCGUCGGAUAUCGAAGCGGCUGCAAAGGCGAGGAAAGCGCAAGGUUUGACGUGUGUGAAGAUGAAUGCUACGGAGGAUGUCAAUUGGCUGGAUAUGCCUUCUGUGCUGGAUUCGACGGUGGAGCGAUUGAAGACGGUGAAGGCCCUAGGCCUGAACGCCGGGUUGGAUUUUCAUGGACGUCUGCACAAGCCGAUGGCGAAGCAGCUUGCCAAAGCUUUGGAGCCUCAUCAACCGCUCUUUAUCGAAGAACCCAUCUUGGUAGAGAACCCCGAAGCACUGAAGCAACUCUCAGGCAUGACUUCGAUCCCCAUCGCCCUGGGAGAACGCCUUUACCACCGCUGGGACGCGAAGCGAUUCCUCGAAGAAGGCCUCAUCGACGUGCUACAACCCGACAUCGCCCACGCAGGAGGUAUCUCGGAGACUAAACGACUAGCCAAUAUGGCAGAGGCGUACGACGUUGCAAUCGCACCUCACUGCCCACUGGGUCCCAUCGCGUUCGCUGCUUCGCUACAUGUCGGUCUCUCAACGCCAAACUUUGUGAUUCUGGAGAUGUCGUUGGGCAUGCACUACAACACCGAAGCAGGAGACAUCGAUCUGAACUCCUACCUGAAGGAUCAAUCAGUCUUCGCCAUCAAAGAAGGAUACGUCGGUGCACCGACAGGACCUGGAUUGGGGAUCGAGCUCGACGAAGAUUUGAUUCGGAAGAUCGCGGCUGAGACGGAGCCAUGGCAGUGUAAGGAAUUCUAUGGACCGGAUGGGUCUAUAAGAGAGUGGUAG